AUGAGCGACCCAACUAAUCCCAACAUCCAGAAGAGAACGACGCCACAAUGGGCGCUGUACCAGCGCGAGAAUUUCUGGAAGCUCAACGAAGGACAAACACCUCCUUUUAAUACUGACCCCAUUAAGCUGGAGCAGCUGGCUCAUGAGAAGCUUAGUCAAGGUGGUUGGUACUAUGCAUCCUCCAAUGCGGGCAUGUCCAACACCCACCUGGCGAACCGUCAAGCCUUCUUCCGUCGCCGCAUCAUCCCCCGACAACUAGUGGAUACCAACCUGCGAGACACCACUACGGAGAUCUUUGGACACCGUGUAUCAGCUCCGAUAGGCUUUGCUCCCAUCGGGAUCAACAAGAUCUACCAUCAAUCAGCAGAAGCCGCAGUCGCCAAAGUUGCAGGCGAGCUCAAUCUCCCGUACUGCCUCUCUACAGCAGGAAGUACACCAAUUGAGAAAGUCGCAGAGGCAAACGGCAAAGGUCCUCGGUUCUAUCAAUUGUAUAUGCCGCAUGAUGACGAGCUAACACUGUCUCUUCUUAACCGGGCUUGGAAGUCUGGGUUUGAUGCGCUUAUCCUCACCACUGACACCUGGCAGCUUGGCUGGCGACACGACGAUGUGGCCAAUUCGAACUAUGCCUUCUACCGCGGGACUGGUGCCGACAUAGGCUUGACAGACCCUGUAUUCCAGAAGCGAUGUCGCGAAGAAGGUAUUGACCCGGAGAAGGACAUUGUCGCGGCCUCGACGAAAUGGAUUGACUCCGUCUGGCACGGACGUGCAUGGUCCUGGGAGAAAAUCCCCUGGUUAAUCGAGCAAUGGAAGAAGAUUUCCGGCGGAAGACCUUUCGCCAUCAAGGGGAUCCAGUCGGUCGCAGACGCAAAGAAGUGUGUGGAGUACGGCGUCGAUGGCAUCGUGGUGAGCAAUCAUGCCGGUCGGCAGGUGGACGGAGCAAUCGCAAGCCUUGAUGCACUGGAGAAUAUCGCCAAUGCUGUCGGCAACAAAAUCUACAUCAUGUAUGAUUCUGGAGUUCGCGGCGCGAGUGAUGUCGCGAAAGCACUGGCGCUGGGAGCCCGGUUCGUGUUUGUGGGCCGGCUUUGGAUCUGGGGGCUCAGUAUCAUGGGAGAAGAAGGAGUCCGCCACGUUAUGAAGUCGCUGCUGGCUGACUUUGACAUUUUCAUGUGUGUUGCGGGGUUCAACAGUGUGGAGGAGCUUGACCGAUCGAUUUUAGAAUCUUAUCCAAAAGGAUAUACCCUUAUUCCGGAUAUAGUCUUGUGA